GUCCAGUAGAUAACAACCGCUUCCACACCAGAAAAAGAGGGCCGCGGUCAGCGCACCGCCUCUUCUUCCUAUUCGAUCACUCCCACAGACCCUCCUCCCCUCUCUUCUCUCUCUCUUUCCAACGGUACCAAGAACAAAUAGGGGAGAAAGAGAAGAGAUGUCGAUGGCCUCCGUUCCCCUCUUUCUCCUCCUUUCCCUCUGCGCCCUCUAUAUCGCCAUGGCGACGAGGAUAUCGCCUCCGUUCCUAGACAUCGAGAGGCCGGCCUCGAGUUUUCGCACCCCCUUCGACACAUCCAACUACGGGAAGCUUCAGCUCAACAAUGGACUGGCCCUCACUCCUCAGAUGGGAUGGAAUAGCUGGAAUUUCUUUGGCUGUAAUAUUAAUGAAGAAGUGAUCAGGGAAACAGCUGAUGCACUUAUCUCAACUGGGCUGGCUGAUUUGGGAUACAAUUAUGUUAAUAUAGAUGAUUGUUGGUCUUCUUUGAGACGAAAUCAGAAGGGUGAAUUGGAACCUGAUCCGAAGACCUUUCCUUCAGGCAUUAAAGCACUUGCAGACUACGUACAUGAAAAAAGCCUUAAGCUUGGUAUCUACUCCGAUGCAGGGGUUUUUACAUGUCAAGUCCGACCUGGAUCUCUCUACCAUGAAAAUGAUGAUGCAGAACUUUUCGCAUCAUGGGGUGUUGACUACUUAAAGUAUGACAAUUGUUUCAACUUGGGUAUAAAACCGGAGGAACGUUAUCCUCCAAUGCGUGAUGCACUCAAUUCAACCGGGCACACCAUUUUCUAUUCUUUAUGUGAAUGGGGUGUAGAUGAUCCAGCCUUAUGGGCUGGCAAAGUUGGAAAUAGUUGGCGGACAACAGAUGAUAUCACUGAUUCAUGGGAAAGCAUGACUGCUAUUGCUGAUCUCAAUGAUAAGUGGGCAUCAUAUGCUGGGCCUGGUGGAUGGAAUGACCCGGAUAUGUUAGAGGUUGGCAAUGGGGGAAUGACUCACAUGGAGUAUCGUGGUCAUUUUAGUAUAUGGGCUCUGAUGAAGGCUCCUCUUUUGAUAGGUUGUGAUGUGAGAAAUAUGACUGCUGAAACAUUUGAAAUCUUAAGCAAUGAAGAAGUCAUUGCUGUAAACCAAGAUCCUCUCGGUGUUCAAGGAAGGAAGGUUUCUGUUGGAGGGAAAAAUGGUUGCAGCCAGGUUUGGGCUGGUCCUCUGUCUGGGAACCGUCUUGUUGUUGCUUUAUGGAACCGUUGUUCUGAAGCUGUCACAAUUACAGCCAAAUGGGAAACACUAGGCCUUGACUCAACCACUUGUGUUUCUAUAAGAGACCUGUGGAAGCAUGAAACUCUACAAGAGAAUGUAGCUGGUACUUAUGGAGCUCAGGUCGAUGCUCAUGACUGCAAAAUAUACAUCUUUUCUCCUACAAGUUCUCUUUCUGCUAAGUACUGGUUGAUAGCUGAUUGUUGAGGAUUGUGUUCUGUCAUCUUCUGAUUUCUUGGUUCUUUUAUUCCCAGUAGUUUCAUGAAACUUUGCCUGAUACUUCACCUGUAGGCCUGUUUGGAAAUGUCACAGAUAUCCAUCCACGUUAUACCUCUCGUGCAAGAAAAAGGUACAAACAAGUUGGAAGUAAAAUGAGGGUGAAAAAGUUUCUAGAAUUCAUGGAUCUUACGAUCCCAGGAUAUUUGAGAUAUCAAAAAUCUCCUUGGACAUGGAUACUAUUAAAUUUAUGAUGAGCAAUGCAAUGAUUCAAUCUCCCACUUCUCUCAUCCUUCUCUGAAAGCUGUUGCCUGCCAGUACUGGUCACAGUGAACUAUGGGUUAGAGAAUGGGACAGGCAUCAUUGCUCAACAGAAUAGGUCAACAAAUCCAUGAACUUACUGUUCAACGUGCACUGUUGAGCAGUAACGGAGCA